UAGCGACUCCCGGAACACUCGGGGCCCAGAGGAAAUUCCUCCGGGGUAAGGGGGGGGGGGGGGGGCUGCUGCCCGGUAUGAGGCUGCAGAGAGGAACUGUGCCCAAAAGCAAACUUUCCAAACCUAGCAGGUGGGGGGAGAGAAGACAAAAUUGAGCGCCUCUGGUUCCCUUCCCCAUCCCAAGCCCGCCCGUACCCCGCCGAAGCGGCACGGGUUUUCUGGGCGCCACCAGGCAGAAAUCCUGGCCUCAUAUCGAGGCCGGAGCCAGCUGGAAGGACCGCGGGCUGUACCGGGGCCCUCUUCGUCGCUUUAGCGUCAGUCGCUGACGUCGACUGAGAAGUCUAGGGAGGGAGGAGCCCCGAAGGGCGGGCUCUGGUGGCUGCGCCUGAGAGGAAGCUCCUCCUCCACCCGCCCAGCGACCCCAGUCUCUAGAGGAGUACUCGGGCUCGGGAAACGCUGCGGCUUGGUGUGGGCUGCUCGGGGAAUGGAUGACCUCGUGACCUAGCGUCCAACAGCGGGGAGGGCUGGCCGCCCCGAGCGCGCUGGGACGGAGCCGCGGGAACAGCGGGCACACCCGGAACCGGCUGGUGGCCGAGUGCCCGCGCCGCCCGCCACCAUGAACGAGGAGGCCAUCUGCAGCGCCCUGCCCACCAUCCCGUACCGAAAGCUCGCUGACCUGUGCUACUUGAGCCGUGGCGCGUCCGGCACCGUGUCGUCCGCCCGCCACGCAGACUGGCGCAUCCAGGUGGCCGUAAAGCACUUGCACAUCCACACCCCACUGCUUGACAGUGAAAGAAAUGAUGUCUUAAGAGAAGCUGAAAUUUUACACAAAGCUAGAUUUAGUUACAUUCUUCCAAUUUUGGGAAUUUGCAAUGAGCCUGAAUUUUUGGGAAUAGUUACCGAAUAUAUGCCAAAUGGAUCGUUAAAUGAACUCCUACAUAGGAAAAAUGAAUAUCCUGAUGUUCCUUGGCCUUUGAGAUUUCGUAUUUUGCAUGAAAUUGCACUAGGUGUAAAUUACCUGCACAAUAUGAAUCCUCCUUUACUUCACCAUGAUCUGAAGACUCAAAAUAUCUUAUUGGAUAAUGAAUUUCAUGUUAAGAUUGCAGAUUUUGGUUUAUCAAAAUGGCGUAUGAUGUCCCUCUCACAAUCACGAAGUAUUAAAUCUGCUCCAGAAGGAGGGACAAUUAUCUAUAUGCCACCUGAAAACUAUGAACCUGGACAAAAAUCAAGGGCUACUGUCAAGCAUGAUAUAUAUAGUUAUGCAGUUAUCACAUGGGAAGUCUUAUCCAGAAAACAGCCUUUUGAAGAAGUCACCAAUCCUUUGCAGAUUAUGUAUAGCGUGUCACAAGGACAUCGACCUGACACUAGCGAAGAAAGUUUGCCGUUUGAUAUACCUCAUCGAGCACUGAUGAUCUCUCUAAUAGAAAGUGGAUGGGCACAAAAUCCAGAUGAAAGACCAUCUUUCUUAAAAUGUUUAAUAGAACUUGAACCUGUUCUGAGAAUAUUUGAAGAUAUAACUUUCCUUGAAGCUGUUAUUCAACUAAAGAAAACAAAGUUGCAAAGUGCUUCCAGUACUGUUCACUUAUGUGACAAGAAGAAAACAGAGUUAUAUCCGAACACAUCUGUAAAUCAUGGUUCACAAGAGGAAUCAUGUGGAUCUUCGCAGCUUCAUAAACCUAGUAAUUCUCCAGGAACCUCAAAGUCCCUGUCAGCUACUCAAGACAGUGACUUUUUAUCUAGAAAAACUCAAGACUUUUCCACGCCACGUCAGUGUCCAGUAAAUCGCAGUUGGGACAGUAACAUUUCUGUGGCUCAAAGGGCAACAUUCUGUGAUCACAAGACCACCCCAUGCUCUUUAGCAAUAAUAAAUCCACUCUCAGCCGAAGGAAAUUCAGAGCGAUUUCAGCCUGGUAUAGCCCAACAGUGGAUCCAGAGUAAAAGGGAAGACAUUGUGAACCAGAUGACGGAAGCCUGUCUUAACCAAUCUCUGGAUGCCCUCCUGUCCAGGGAUUUGAUCAUGAAGGAGGACUAUGAACUCAUUAGUACCAAACCUACAAGAACCUCAAAAGUCAGACAAUUACUGGAUACCACUGACAUCCAAGGAGAAGAAUUUGCCAGAGUUAUAGUACAAAAGUUGAAAGAUAACAAGCAAAUGGGACUCCAGCCUUACCCAGAAAUACUUGUGGUUUCUCGACCACCAUCUUUAAAUUUAUUUUAGAAUAAAACCUUAUAAAUAACUCUUUCUCAAGAAGAAAAGUCAGUUUGUAAAAGGGUGUUUUAUAUUUCUUUUGCUCUGAUAGUGUUUUUAUGAGAUCCAUCUGAGUAUUAGAUAUUUUAAUGAAGUUUCUUCAGAUAAAUAUUAGUCUCCUUCCAUGACAUUACAGUAUUUUUUAAAUUAAUAACAGUGGAAAGUUUAUAUUUUGUUACGUAGUUCAAUUUUUUUGUCUCUGGUUAAUUGAAAUUAUUUUUUCAAUGUACUAAUUAUAUUUUUCUUGUACAUAACAAUGUCUUCAGGUUUCAUGUGUUUCUCAUGGAAACCAUUUUCAUAUUCACUUUCUUUGUGGAUUAUUUAUUACUUGUCUAAGUGUGCAUGGUUUUUUUUAAAGUGUACCCUUUAGAUUUAAAUCAGAGAUAUUACAGCAUUCCUACCCUACAGUCCCAUGUUUCUGUCCUCUCCAAAGGUUAUUCAUUAAACCCUGCUACCUACAUUACACUUUUAAAUGUUAUUGAUUGAAUUCUUUUUAAAAAAUUGUUUCAAAAGAUAAAGCAGUACAGGAAUUCCCUUGUGGCACAGUGGGUUUAAGGUUCCAUCCUUGUCACUACAGCAGCUCAGGUUGCUGCUGUGGUGCAGGUUUUAUCCCUGGCCAAGUAUCUUCCACAUGCCAUGGGCAUGGCUGCCCCAGAAAAGAUAAAGCAAUACAAAGUGUAUAAAGAAAAGGCUUAUAUUUCAACAUGUGUUUGUAUCCCUAUUUCUAGCCUCAACUAACAGUCAAGGCAACUGAAGUUAAUAGGAUGAUGCGGAUUGUUCCGUUCCUUUCUCCCUGCUCAUAUUAAAGUAUAUACUUAUUUGGGGAAGAAUCUUAAUAUUAUCAUCAUUAUGACAUUCAUACUACAACCUAAUUUGUGCACCUAAUAAUACAACAUGUGCAGCCUUCCAGAUCGCAUACGAACCUAACUCAUUCAUUUAAUUGCUGCAUACUAUUAUCAGAGCUGCUUUGUUCUCACUAAUAAUAAAGGUACAAUAUGA